AUGGGGUCGAGAAUAAGAGGGGAGAUAAUGUUCCUGGCCCUGGUGCUUGGCAUGUAUCUCAGUGCUACGGCAGAAGCUACGCUUCGAGUCGGGUAUUACGAGAAAACAUGUCCGCAUGCAGAGUUCAUCGUGAAGAAGGUUAUAACGAAGGCGGUGAAGAAGGACAGUGGUCUGCCUGCCGAUUUCAUCAGAAUGCAUUUCCACGACUGUUUCGUGAGGGUGAGUUACGUAGCUACUUACGCCGAUAUUUACAUGCCUCUCGUCGAGAAGAGGAUUGUGUUCGGUUAACGUAGCUCGUCAACGCCAGUUUAUCUUCUUUCCUUCUGAUGUAUUUAGGGUUGCGACGGAUCAAUUCUUAUCAACUCCACCUCGAAAAACGUCGCCGAGAAGGACUCAUCCAUCAACAACCCAAGCCUGGAAGGGUUCGAGUUCAUCGACGAGGCUAAGGCCAAGCUGGAGAAGAAGUGCAAGGGUGUCGUGUCUUGCGCCGACAUCAUCGCUUUUGCUGCCAGAGAUAGUGUUGAGCUGGUAGAAUCAAGAUACUAAUAUUAUUGACUAGACCGUAUCACUUGCGAAUGCAAGACUUGAUGUCCCUGUGGAUAGGCAUGACUGCUCGGCUGACUUUCUUCCUAACUGCAGAGCGGAGGAUUUGUGUACGAAGUUCCCUCAGGAAGGAGGGAUGGGAGGAUCUCCCGUAGCUCGGAGACAUUCGGAAACUUACCACCUCCGACGUUCAAUUUGUCACAGCUCACUCAGAGCUUUGCCAGCAAGGGUCUAAACUUGGACGACCUGGUCACCCUUUCUGGUACGAAGCAUAUAAACGCUCACGUUUAAAGGGAUCUAUCAGUCCAGCUUGGAAACAUUGAACCCAUAUAUUUUAAUUCCUACCAUUUUAUUUUCUCGUGGGGAACUAUUCUUGCAAUUUCAGGGGUACACACCAUCGGCAAGUCUCAUUGCACCAGCAUCGACAGCCGGCUGUACAACUUCAGCUCGACAGCCACCACCGAUCCGAGUUUGGAUCCGGCUUACGCAAAGAAACUGAAGAAGAAGUGUCCCAAAGGGAGCACCGACCCGAACCUAACAGUCCCAAUGGACCCUCCCAGCCCAGAGCUCUUCGACUCCAGCUACUACAAGAACAUCCUCGUCCACAAGGGUCUCUUCCACUCAGAUCAGGCGCUCCUGUCGAGUUCCAAGACUGCUCAUCUGGUGAAAAAGAACGCAGCCAACGAGUACCACUUCAAGAAGAGGUUUGCUGAGGCUAUGGUGAAGAUGGGCAAAAUCGAAGUGCUCACCGGGAAAAAAGGAGAAAUAAGGUUGAACUGUGGGGUGACCAAUUGA